AUGACUAAGAAACUCUCCUUACAGGAGAAGAAAAACCGGAGGCCUGCCUCCAGAGCAUGUAUCUUCUGCCAUGAGAAGCACCUCCAGUGUUCGAACGAACGGCCCUGCAAAAACUGUGUCAAGAGGAAGCUAGGACAUAAGUGCCAUGACACGGUACGCAAAAGAGCCAAAUACUUGAACAACUCCAAAUCUUCCACUAACAGCUCUUCCACUGCAAACAGUUCACCUCCAGGUACUCCUCAAGGAGAGGCAGGCUCGCCUCGCCAUCCCCAGUACGAUAUCAAGUUCGAAGCGACUUCCAGUGCCCCUACACGAAACGUCACCUAUCCAGAGGAGCCUCCCAGAUACCCACCAAACACCGUUUUAAACACCACCAACGACGUGCUCAAUAAGCUCCUAUUCGACACAAAUCAAGAUGACUCAGACGCCCAUACUCCUCCCAUUCAGCCCCAUCCUAGAUCACAGUCGCGAUUGAAAACGUCCUUCAGCUCAAACUACUUAAACCAAGAGUACUUGAUGCUUGGGGACAUCAUCCUCCAAUCCAAACCAUCUUCGCCAUCUCCCUCGAACACAAGCGCCUCCGAACACAACAGUGCCGUGUCACCCGUCAACUUCUUGAAUAUGGACCUCAAAAAUGAGGUGUUUCAGUCACAAAAGAAGCCUUCGCAUAAAAUUAACACACGGCCCUUCAUAUCGUUAGGCUACGACCAGCGACCUUCAGAUUAUCAGGACUCACGAGCAGAGCAAGAUGGACCACCACUUGACCCUGAAGCUCCUGCAGUCAUUGAGCCAGUGCCACCUUUGCCAACGCUUGCUCCUUCCAAAUUGUCACAAUCAUCAACGAUACCAAACGAAUAUGUGUCCCCCUUAAUAUCACAGUACUUGUAUCGAAACAUCCAGGAUAUAUACUCCAACAACAUAAUGAACUUUGACUACCCCCAAUCAUAUCAUCUGCUUACCCACUUUCUCAAAAAGAGGUUUCUGGGUAACAACUUGUCACCCGAAGAAAAGCAAACGAAAAGGCAAAACUUGUUAAUAAUAUUAAAACUCAUUGCAAGUUAUCGACCCACGUUUAUUUCUGCGCACAAGUCUUUGCUCAAGCCGUUGGACUUGCAGUUUCUCGAGAUGUCGUUACAGAGAUCGUUGAUAGAUUAUCAAAAACUUUGUCAUUUGAACUCUUCCCCAACCAUCAUUUGGAGAAGAUCAGGGGAAAUCGUAUCAAUGACCGACGAUAUGCUCAGUUUAUUGGGGUUCGACACAGGCGAUAUCCUUUCUAAAAGAACGUUUAUCGUUGAAUUAAUGCAUGAUGAUGAGAGUAUCAUUAAUUACUACAAGCUCUUCAAAUCGGUUGCCGUGGGAAAUCUUCACCUGAGUAUUUUUACAAAGUGCAAGCUCACCAAGAAGCGCAGUGGUGAUGAAGAAGAGGAGUAUAUCGAUUUCUGUUCGGUGUGGACCGUGAAGAGAGACUUGUUUGACUUGCCUAUGUUGAUUAUAGGCCAAUUCUUGCCGAUAUUGCCUGCGGGUGAGGGUGUGCGCAUGUACUGA